UACAGGCAGAAAAGCAUGUGGUUUGAUUGAAAGAAGUGUCAAAUGUGUUUGAAUCAAUUUUAAUCAGAAAACUCUGCGGGGAGGAAUACUACAGUUUCACUAAUGCACAUGAAUAAUCGAUCUUGUAUAAAUUAUACUUUUUAUUUUAGAUUGCUGUUAUCCACUUACUAUUUAUCACUGAAUUAUACUGAGGAUUUUGAAAAUUGCGCGCGUAUUACUUUCAGAUUUGAGAAUUAAUGCUUAUUUAUUACAUUUAGCUAAUCAAAAUAUACUUUUUGUAUUUGAACCAUGGAUGAAUCUGAUGAAUUUGAAAUUAUCAAAAUGGAAAUUAGAGGUCUCCUCAUAUCAAAUAAAGAAGGCUGCUGUCUUUCUGAAUUCAAGAAACAAUAUCGAAGUAUGCUGGGGCGAACAUUACCUUUUGUACAAUUUGGAUAUAAAAAUGAAAUUGAAUUUUUGAGUGCCAUGCCUGAUGCUGUACAAAUUAGUUCCACUGGGAGGGACUACUACUUAUUUGGAAUUGCAGAUGAGAAGUCGAAGCAUAUACAGAAAAUGGUUUCCAAGCAGAAGUCAACCAAGAAAAAGCCUUCGGGCCGCCUUAACCCAAUGCUGCGAUAUGUUCCACCUCCUAAGAGAUAUGAAUUGGUAUUAUCAACUUCUAGAAGAUCAAAGGAAUUGCUUCCCUCAUCUGCUUCUAAAAGAUCAAAUGAAUUGAAACCUUCAUCUGCUCCUAAGUGGUCAAAUGAAUUGCAGCCAUCAUCCUCUUCUAGGAGAUCUUAUGAAUUGCCUCCAAGGUUUCAAACAAAAAUGAAAAAACAGUUACCACAAUUAGUGAUGAAUGAAAUUGUAGAUCUUGUUUGUAAAUAUCCUACAGGUUUGAGCUUGCGGGACGUCUUAAUUAAAUAUCGUCAAAUUUACAAUAAAGAACUAUCUUUUAGAGAUUAUGGAUUUUUUACAUUACAAGAUUGUUUAGAAGAAAUUCCAUCACUCUUCUUAAAGCCAAAAAAUAAUGAUACCCUUGUCCUUUGCAUACCUGAAAUAGAAAGGCCAUUCUCUGAGUCCUCAAAAAUGAAUAAUUAUAGAGAUAAUGUAUCUGCAACUUACGAAGUUCCUAAGAUUUCUGAAGCUGUUUCUCCUGCUGUCCAGAGUUUUGAAGAUUCAUCAAACCAUCUUCAUCCUGAAAAUCUAUCUGGUAUUCCUUCACCUCAUGAAAAUAUUUCUAAUUUUAAUGAGUAUGAAAAUCAUUCUUCUGAUUUCAAAAUGAAAGUCAGCAGCUUGGAUGAUUUCAAUUUUAAUAUGAGAAAAAGCCCUGAAGUUUCAAUUAUUUCUGAAAAUAUUAGGAGUAAUCUUAUAAGAGUUGUAGAAAAUUGUCCCCAUGGUAUCUGGGCCAGAGAAUUUCCAGCUUUAUACAAAGAAAUAACAAAAACUGAAUUUGACCUUCAUGUCCUGGGAUUCUAUGAUUUAGCCACUUUUAUUGAUUCUGUGCCUGAUAUUUUAACUCGAAGAUCUCUUCCAAGCAGUAAAAAAGAUUACCUGAUUUAUCCAGCUUGGACAAUAAAUGAAAUGGAUCGUGAAGAUCCCAAAUCUGCUGCAUUUGCCAUUGAAAUCAUAAUUGGUAAUACUAGAAAAAUUCUACAAGCUAAUCAAGAAGGCAUAACACUCAAAGAUUUCCUGUAUAUUUAUAGUUUGAACUGCAGUGAACCUUUGUACUUUGUUAACCUUGGAUUUGAUAGCUUGGAAAAUCUCUUGGUUGCUAUAGCUGAUCGUGUACCUCUUAAGUUUGAAGUGAAAGGAGGUGUAAAAAGUGUACAUUUAGUCUCGUCUGAAGAGAAAUCUACAUUACAACUGCCUGGGAAAUUAGAAACUCUCCCUAUCAACGCUGUCUCUCCAUUCAAGCAAUUUACUCAACAGACACUUCCUGCUGAAAUGGAUUUGAAUCAAUUCUUCCCUGUAUUUGUCUCUUCAGUUAACAAUGUAGAUCAUAUUUAUAUUCAGCUUUUAGGUGAAGAUACUAGUGAUGUACUUAUCAAGAAAUAUGAAGAUUUGGAGAGAUUUUAUUCUUCUUCCCAAAGUAAAGACUAUUUGAUGAAAGAUUUUCACAUUGCUGCUGGAUCUAUUGGUGUUGCCCUGUGGCCUGUAGAUAUGCACUGGUAUAGAAUCAGAAUUAUGUCUGUGGUAUCUUCUGAAACUGUUCAAGUGUUUUAUGUAGACUAUGGCACUAUUGAAAUCAUUUCUAAGAAUUUACUGAGAUAUAUUAGGGAAGAAUUUUUUGAUUUCCCAACUCAAGCGAUAAAAGCUUCUUUAGCUUAUGUGAAGCCAUCCUUAACAGAUAGUAAACGGAACUCAGUUGCAAAAGCUAGAAUUUUGGAAUUGUGUACUGAUAUAACUGUCAUGGCUAAAAUACAUCAUAUAAAACAGGAUGGCUUGCUUUCUUUAGUGCUUUGUGAUACUAAUGGUAAAGAGGAUGUGUACAUCAAUGAUGUUCUUUUGAUGGAAAACUUAGCUUGUUCAUCUUCUGAUAAUGAUAACAAUUCUCAACUCAGAGGCCCUCAAGAAUCUGCUCAGUGUCUUCCUGAAAUACCACCACCUACUCUGCCUGCGAUUCAAGCAACCGAUCCCACACAAGUUAUUGGAAUGCUUUUGCAGGCCUAUUCUUCUCUGGCUGCAUCCAAGACUUCACCAGUUGCCCCUUCUAACUUUCCAAUGGAUUCUACUGCCAUCACUGCUGCUAUAGCUCAGGCUGCUCAGAACCUCUCCCAAAACUCAUCUGCAUCUGGUGUAGAUUUUUCUAAACUGUUUCAGGCUCCUUCUACGCACAUUGUCCCCCCCAUUCCAUGUCCCAAACCUUCAGUUACUGAUAGUUGGCAGCAUCCGUCAACAGUAUUGUCUCAUCCUUCUUCUGAAGAAACUGCCUCUUGUUCCCUACCUUCUGAAGAGAAUGAAGUUUUUGAUGAUGUUGAUGAUGCAUUUUUUGAUGAAUUUUACCAGAAGGUGUCCAUAGUUACAAAAAGAUAUGUAAAAAGAAUAAGAACAGAUGAUGGUUACAUGUUCCACAUUUUGAUCUAUGAAUCAAAACCAUUUGUCUCCUGUGGAGACAUUUGCAGUCUCAUUUGGUACAACAAGAAUUCUGAUUAUUUGCUUCAACGACUGCAGAAUGGAGAAUCUGUUUUGUCCAAUACAGUGAUAUGGGAGAAUCAAAAUGAAGAUAUGUUUGAUCAAUUGAAAAGAUUUCAUGUCAAAGGAUUUAAGGAACGAAAUGAACAAUUCUACAUUUUAGUCUAUCCCUUGAAUACUCUUGUUCAAAUCCUCAAUGUAUUUGGCCAUCCAUCAUCUGAACUACGAAGUAGAAUUCUAAAUGAAUUUUCUUCCUUCAAUCCUGAGCACCCUAUGUGGCUGGAACUGUCGGAAGUAGAAAUUCCUGAUGGGGAGGAAGAAUUUGCAGGGAAGACUGAUGAUGAUAAACUGAAUCGCCUCUGUCUUUAUGAUCUUCAAACAAUGAAGCAGGGCAUACGUAUACGACGCCAAAACCUGGAAUCACAACGGUCUAAGAAUCCUGAAGAUGUGUCAGAUGAAAAAGAGAAGCUUAAAUUGUUAUACAACAAAGUGAUAAGAAGAAUCAAAGAAAUCGAGCAGAUCUGCAGCAAUUUCGCCUAGAAAGGAGAUUACUAUUCAAUACAAUUCAAUGGAGAGGUGUUACUUUUUUGUAAAAUCAUGGAACUACCAGUGUUUGUUUAUCUUCAUUUCUGCAUUUCCUCUGAAGGUGAUGAAGAAAUAGAAAUUAUCUGUGAUAAACAGAAAUUGAUGUUUGUGUUUAAAGGUGCUUUUUUGUAUUGUAAAAUUUAAUGUUUGCUGUGUCUUAAUGUUGUGUGAUGGCCAUUUUCUUUAUCCUAUAAAGACUUGCCUCCCAAUUCAUUACUUUGUUGCUGAAACCAGAAUCAAAUUUGCACAUGCAUGUAUGUAUGUAUGUUUAUGUUUAUUUUAUUUGUUUAUGAAUAAGAAGGCUUGAAUCCAUUGUGAUAAAGGUAUCCAACAUAUAUUAUUGAUCUUCUGUUGUAGUAUAUAUUUUUAUACCAAAAUUUUUGUUUUCAUUUGAGUAAGUUUAAUUGGUAACAGUUAAAAUUAUAAAAGUAACAAAUAAAAAAAGAAAAGUAAAUUUCUGAUGAUCAUGUCUGUCAAAUAUCAUUGGUAGUGAGAAUUUAAUUCUUCUAACAAUGCAUAAUCAUUUAACCAAAGAGCUUUAAUUUUUAUCUGUGACAAUUGGCAACCAAAUUGUCAGGCAAUGCUGUUCUUUUUAAUUUGACUAUAGUUCAAUGCAGAAAAAUUUAUAAUUUUUUCCCACUGUUUAAGUGUUUAGUAUUAAAGAGGAUUUUUAAAAUCUAAAGUAAUGAUGGUGCUGCUCAUUUGAAAUAUCUGGCUAAAAAUAUCAAAAUUUGGAAUGAAAAUUUUUUUUUAAUUGUUUUUGUUUGUUUGUCUUAUUCAUUGAAAUAUAGUCAUGUUAGUAUUUUUUGUAAAAAAGUGUCAAUAAAAAGUUAACUCCA